UUCAUACAUUUUUUUUUCUUUCAUAAUUUUAUUAUUAGAAUAAAUAUAAAAUAAUUCAUACAUAUUGAUAAUUUUGAAAAUUGGAUUAAUUUGAUCCCAUUGGCUCUCACAUAUUAUAAAGAGGAAGAAAUAUCAAAAUAAACUUGUCUCCCAUCCCAUACCAAAUUUGUAAGCCAUGUCUAAAUGUCACGUACUCAUCUUCCCGGCCCCCGCACAGGGCCACAUAAGCUCCAUGCUGAAGCUCGCCGAACUCCUCUGCGCCGUCGGCAGCUUCCGCGUAACCUUCCUCGCCCCCGCCUACAUCCACCGCCGCCUCUCCCAGCACUCCGACACCACAUCGCGCUUCAGCCGGCGAUCGUUCAGGUUCCACCCGAUCCCCGACGGGCCACAAGAGGACCUCCGCCCCGGCACUUUCGACGUCAAGGAGUGGUUGGAUUCACUGCAGGCGACGGCGCAGCCAUUUCUCAGGGAGCUCCUGGCUUCCACCACUCACGACCCUCCCAUUAAUUGCGUGAUAUGCGAUGGGAUUCUGAGCUUCGUGCUUCAAACCGCCGAGGAAGCGGCUGUUCCCGUUCUCUAUAUGCGGACUUUGAGUGCAUCUGCUUUCUGGGCUUACUUCUGCUUACCUGAUCUCAUCAACUCACAUGAGCUCCCCUUUACUAAUGAUGACUUGGAGUCAGUGACGUAG